GUUGGUUUGAAGCCGUCAGGAGGAAAAACCGGAAGAAAGGAAGCAAAACUCAUCUGGUCCAUCAUCAUCAUCAACAUCAUCAUCAUCAUCAUCAUCAUAUUCCUGUGAGCACAGUGUGAUGGACGGCUCAGAUCAUGUGAUCGACUUCAGGGCGCUGGAGCGCGAGCUGCAGGCGGCGCUGCGGAGCGACAGGAGGACACACACCGAGAACCAGGCCAAGCUGAGAGCCGCCACACACACACACUCCUACCAGGAGUUCAGAGACAUCGUCCUGUCCUGCCACCUGAAGCCUCUGGAGAAGAAGGACAAGGAGGGAGGAGCUCGCCAACAGCCCUGGAACCCGCUGGUCGCCCCUAGCAACACCCAACCCGCCGGUCGCCCCUAGCAACACCUAACCUGCUGGUCGCCCCUAGCAACAGACCGCCUGGCCUCAUUUUAUCUUGUGCAUGUUUUUCCCUCACCUGUCCAAACUGUCACCUGCAGCUCAGCUGAGCCGCCAGCAGGUGGAGCCAC